AUGGUUGGCAAUGAAAAGAAAAAAGUUCUUGCAAAGCUGCCUGCACAGUUUCCAAACAUUCUUGAACCGAACCAUUGUGAUACAAUUACAGAAAUAUGGAAGGUACAUUACGAUAUUUGGGUACUCUAGCUGCUAUUUCUCAACAACUUAGUUCUUGAUAUACUAUGUUCAUUUUUCUAGGAAUUUCAUGAAUUGUAUGGAAUACUUUCAUCAUGGAAACCUUCUCAAACAGAUAUUGAUGGAUUUUUUGAGAAGGCAAGUGAUAUAUUGUAUUUAAUUGAGUUGCUUGGCACAGCUGCUAUAUAGUAUGUUGCUAAACUAAGUCAUGUACCCAGAUUCAUCAAAGAUGAAAUCAUUGUCCUUGAAAUCAUUCACUGGGCAAGGGAUUGAAAAGAUUAAUGAUGUAGUUCGUGCAAUUUAUCAUAAUAAAAGUAAUCGCCAUGAUGCUUGCAAAGAGGCAAUGCAAGCACUUCAACAAAUUGAUAAUCUUCAGGAUUUUGAAAGAAUGCCACACCAAUACCAGAAGCAAGACAACACCUACUGGUCAAAUGAAAUAUUUGAGCUGAGAAGAAAGAGACCGCGUCUUUGUGUAGAUCCAAGAGAGGACGAGAACCAUCACGAUCAAUUAAACCCAGAGGAUAUUGACAGCAUGAGUUUAUGUGAAGUGAAAGAAAAACUAGAAGAACUACACAAGGCUUGA